GAAAGGGUGUGAACUAUAGCCUUGUCUCGGAGGAGGACAAUAAAGUUUGAGAAGUUUGAAGAGGGGAGAGAAAGUGAACGCCCCUUUGGCUGAGGGGUGUGGCCGGAGCUCGGCGAGGAGACCGAAGGCGGGUGCAUGACAUGGGGGUCACCGUGGACGUGCACCAGGUGUUCCAGUACCCCUUCGAGCAGGUGGUCGCUUGCUUCCUCCGAAAGUAUCCGAACCCCAUGGAUAAAAAUGUCAUCUCUGUAAAAACUGUGGAAGAAAAGAAAGAUGAAUCAACAGGACUCAUCUAUAGAAAGAGGAUUGCUAUCUGUCAGAAUGUGGUUCCAGAAGUUUUAAGAAAGGUGAGUAUUUUAAAGGUACCUGAUAUCCAACUAGAAGAAGAGUCAUGGCUCAGUCUUCAGAAAAGGAACAUGGCUAUCCGGAGUCACUGCCUCACGUGGACACAGUAUGCAUCCAUGAGAGAAGAGUCAGUUUUCCGGGAAAGGAGAAAUCCAAAUUGGACAGAGUUCGUUCAAACAGGCAGAAUUUCAAUCACAGGGGCUGGAUUUCUCAACUGCAUUUUGGAAACUUUUGCUAGUACAUUCUUAAGACAAGGAGCCCAAAAGGGAAUUAGAAUAAUGGAGAUGCUGCUGAAGGAACAGUGUGGUUCCCCCUUAGCGGAAUAAAAAAUCAUCAGGAAGCUGCCACUGUGUCUACUCUUCCUUGAGACUUACUUUUUGGCCACAACAUCAUAGGCACACUUACUGGGUGCUGGUUCCAGGGCAGAGUCAGUGGCUUCGAGAAGAGGGGACCUUCCUGCUAGAGUACAGACUUGUCACUCCCCUUUGAGGCCUGCUUCAAGUCAUGGGACUCACAGAGACGAGCCUUUGCAGCUGGAGUUUCAUGACAUGGUCUCUUCCCAAUCUCACGAAUAAAGGGAAAAACCUAUCAGAUGACAUCUAUGCUUUCUCCAGAUGUUUUGCCGAUUCCCUGCAAUGCUGUCAGGGAAGCCAAGAGGACGAUAAAGGCUCGGGGAAGCUCCUCGUGUGCCUAUGAUGCCAGCAUCUGUUUUCAGAGGAUCCAGAAGAGGCUUCUGGGAAUGAUAGAUAGAGGUCCAUCCUAGUACCUCUUUCCAGAGAUCUGGAAUAGAAAGACAGUGUGGCAGACCCAUGUGCAGCUAGGCCACAAGUACACCCUGCUGAAGAAGCUUAAGUAAUAUGUACACUAUGGUCAACUAAGCCAUGUUCAUACCAUGCUCGGCUAAGCCACGUGUGCAUGGAUUUUUGAUAUUCUCAGAAGUCAGACAGCUUUUAGGAGAUAACACAUGAACUGACUUGCUGGUCCGUGAGAACAUGGAGUUGAGAGCAUAAGGCAGGGUCUGGCUGUGGCUCCCACUGACUUGUUCUGUAAUUUGGCACAAACUCUCCACUUCUCUUUUGACCAGAAAAGUGUGAGUAGUCAGACAUAGUUCUCUCUGUAGGUUUAGCUUGGAGAGUACAGGCAUGGGGCCAGUUGGAUUGGCGUGGAUUAAACCCAGGUUCUCCUACCAUUAUUUAGUGGGCUUGCACAUCAUUUUUAAACCCCUCCAAAGCGAAUUUAAAUCAAAAUUGUGCGAUGAGGUAAUGGCUUUAAAAUGAGGUUGUCUGACUGACCUGAGAUGGUAUGUAGGACUAUUAAAUGGAUUCCAUUAUUAUGUGAAGUGAUUUUUUUUUGGGAGCAUUUGCUUUUCUGUGUUCUUUUUGUCUUUUACCUCUUUUGAGACAAGGUCUGGUGUAGCCUAGGCUCGCCUCAAACUCUAUGUAACUGAAAAUGAACUUGAACUUUUGAUCCUCCUGCUUCUGCCUCCAAAGUGCUGGAAUUGCAGGAUGUGCUGAGGACCGGGCUCAGAGCUUCCUGCACGCUGCCAAGUGCCACACCAACGGAGCCUGCCAGCCCAGGCACCCGCUUUUUAACUGGGUUGUGUGUGGUGUUAAUAUUUAAAUUUAGAUGACAUUAGUUUGCAUUUCUCAUGAUGAGAAGCCAAAAUGUAAAUGCGCACCAUCUACAGGAAGCUUGAAAGGAGGUAAUAAUUUAGAACUCAUCUUAAGGUAAAAAUUAGGCCACUAUUGAAAAGACGUAAGGAAAUUGUUCCCUCUUUUCUCUUUUCUUUUUUAUGAUUUGAACUUUUUUCCUGCUUAGUGCAUUGAUGAAUUCCAAAGCAAUUGUACUUUUUCAUACAAGCCUGCCACCAUGAGCCUUCUCCCAUUGUGUCUGAGCCAUUUGUGCUGUUUGAGUUUUGUCUCCUGGGAUAAUUUCCCCUCCUUCCUUAGUGUUCUACUCUUCCGUUGUGUUGGAGGGAAAAUGAGUGGUAGAAGUCAGAGCAUAUUUGACCUUGGUUUCCAGCUUGUAAAUGGCGUUUGGAAUAAUUUCCCUUUUCCAAAAGUAAGUGAUUUAUUAUGGAUGAGAGAGGCACGAGUUUUUUACUUGGAGGUUGACAUUGGAGUAAAUACAGUUCUCUGCACUUGAAUAGCUCACAUCCUCUCAAAGCCCGAGUUCUCUUCCUCAGCUACCCUUGAGGGUCCCUUGGGAGACUUCAUUCUAUCUCAAGGCUCAGAGUGCAUCCCAGACCAAGAAAUAAGAAUCCCUGAACGUGAGACUUUGUGGAUCACUGCCUUUAAAGUUCCUCGGCUGUGCCCAAUGGGAAUCCAAGGAUAAGAGCCCCAUGUUAAAGUCUGAUUUUUUUCUUCUUUUAUUUCUUAUUUAUUCAUUUAUUUUACAUAGGGUCUCACUGCGUAGCUUAGGGUGCUCCAAUACUUGCUGUGUACUCCAGGCUGGCUUCCAACUUGGAGCAACUGUCCUGCCCCGGCUACUCCUUGAUUUCUUCCUUAACACAUGUGAGGCAGGAAUUUUCACUAAGAAUGUAAGGCAGGGAGAGGCUGAAGCUGUGCCAGAUUCUUUGAAAGCUGGGGUGGCUGCUGAGAAAGUGUGUGGGUCCUGACAGCUGCUAUGGUGAGUGGAGCUGCCUGAGGUUACUGCAGAGACCCUGGAGCCCAUGCUUGGUUGAAGGUGGACUUCUGUUAAGUCCCUGGCUGCUUAAUGUGGCUUUUGCACUGUUCACCUUGAUGGGGAGGGAGAAGAGGAGGAUGAGGAGGAAGAGGAG